AUAUAUAUAUAUAUAUAAAUCAAGUAUCAUGAAAAAAAGUAUGGUCGUGUGAUAAAACUAUGUUUAUUCUUAUGAAACAAUGAAGAGGAAGGUAUACUUGUAUCAAACUGUCAUUUGAUAAACAUAACAAUAAAAGUAUUUUGCGUUGUAUCAAUAUGAUGACAUAAAAUGCAAUGAACUUUUAUAUUAUGCAUUUAAUUUUUAUUAUCUGAAAGAUAACCUACAUAAUGCUGCAUAGAACUUAAUGAAAUGGAAGUUACACAAAAUCCUGACAUUUCAACCGAUUCGCAGACAAGUGGAUUUGAUAUGUCUGCUGGAAAUAUAUGGAUAUAUCCAGAGAAUUAUCCUGUUCGAGAGUAUCAAUUUAAUAUCGUUAAAAGAGCUUUAUAUUAUAAUACUUUAGUAUGUUUACCAACUGGAUUGGGAAAAACAUUUAUUGCUGCUGUGGUAAUGUAUAAUUUUUGGAGGUGGUAUCCAUCUGGAAAAGUCGUGUUCCUUGCACCAACAAAGCCUUUAGUUACUCAACAGAUCGAUGCUUGCUAUAAUGUAAUGGGUAUUCCAAAUAUAGAAAGUAUUGAACUCACAGGUAGUGUAAAUCAUAAGACACGUCAAAUAGCUUGGUUUAAGAAAAGAGUAUUUUUUGCUACACCUCAAGUAUUUCAUAAUGAUCUUGAAAAUAAUAUCAUUCCUAGUGAACUUAUAAAAUGUGUUGUGAUAGAUGAAGCACAUAAAGCGCUGGGUAAACAUUCAUAUUGUGAGUGUAUCCGUAUAUUGAGUGAGAAAAAUCAAUAUUUUAGAAUACUAGCACUUUCUGCAACACCAGGAAAUAAAAUUGCUAAUGUUCACCAGAUAGUACAAAAUUUACACAUUUCACAUAUAGAAUUAAGAGAUGAGACAUCUCUAGAUAUAAUACCAUAUAUUAAUAGAAAAAAGACAGAUAUUAUUUUAGUACCUCUUGGUGAAGAAUUAGAGAAGUAUAAAGAGAAAUAUAUUAAUAUAAUGGAUCGUCAUGUCAAGUUUCUCAUUAGAUGUAAUGUUAUUCAUGGACAAACUUCGACUAUUUCUAAAGGCAAAAUAUUUGUGAUACUGAAGGAAUUUCAAAAGACAACAAAUCAAUCAGGAAAUAAUAACCAGAUUAAAAAAACAUUACAUAUACUGCUUACCAUGUAUCAUGCUUAUGAAUUAAUGGUUCGCCACGGACUCCGUGCCUUUUAUAAAUUUUAUCAAAAUCAUUCUGAUAAAUUUUGGAUGAACAGUGAAAUUCAAUUACAAGAAUUAAUUGCUGAAGUUCAAACUUAUUUGGGACCAUUUCCGGAUGUUCAACUAUUUACUAAUGGAAAUAUUCCUGAAAUUCCAGGUAAUUUCGUAUUCGGGCAUAAUAAAUUUUUAAAAUUAAGAGAAUUGUUAUUACAACAUUUCAAGAUGGCAAGUAAUACUGGAAAUGAUACAAGGGCUAUAGUUUUUGUAGAAUAUAGAGAUAUUGUCAGCGAGGUAUAUGUUUUAUUGUUGCAAGCAAGACCUUUGAUAAGACCUCAAAUGUUUGUUGGUCAAGCUGAACAGAAACAGAAACGUCAAGUGAAGGCAAUAGAAGAUUUCAGGAAAAAUCAUGUCAAUGUUCUCAUUUCUACCAGUAUAGGUGAAGAAGGAUUGGAUGUUGGAGAAGUAGACUUGAUAAUAUGCUUUGAUGUAUCACAAAAAUCUCCUACUCGUCUUGUACAAAGAAUGGGAAGAACUGGACGAAAACGAGAGGGCCAUAUAAUAGUUCUUGUUACGGAUGGCAAAGAACACGAAGCUUUAAGAUCUACAAUAGCAAGGAGAGAAUCUUUAAACAGUAAAAUUCUUAAUACAAGCAAUAUCUUCUCUUCUUUAUAUCAAAACAAUCCUCGUAUGAUACCAAACGUAUGUAAUCCAGAAUGUCAUAAAUUACAUAUAAAUGUAAAACCAAAAACUCCCGUGAAAAAAGAUAAAAAGUCUAAGAAGGUAGAUAAUAAAAAGUUACAUGAAACAUCGUCGAAAAAGACAAAAAAUACCAAAGAAUCUUCUACAAAUAUAAAAAAUACGAAUCAAUCUUCAUUGUCCAAAUUUCUCGUAAAUACAAAAAAUAAUGAACAGUUUAAUGAUGAUGACGAUGAUGAUGUUGUAGAAUUUGUGAAAUCUACUAUAAUAGAAACUACUGAUCUAAAUAAUAAAACUAAUUCAAUAAAAGCAUCGAACGUUAAAUUGCUGACUUGUGAUACCGAAGCAGUUGAUUUUUUAACGUUAUGUGCUAUGAAGAAAUCGGAAGAGGAAAUCAAACCCAACAAACCUAAAAUGGACAUGACUUACGUGGCUUUAACUGAAUCAGUUACAAGUUUCGUUGAUUUCACUGUACCUAGUCUAGAUAUACUUGAUGAUUUGAGUAAUUAUUUAAGUAACAUUAAACUAAACUUAAUAUUGCCAGAAGAAAAUUCUCAAAGCGAUUAUGAUAACGACGAUAAUUUUUGGUGUAACAACCAAUGUAAUAUUAUGAGUCCAAUAAAUACAGUCAUGGAUGAAUGUAUUAAUAUUAGUGAAUCCAGGUUUGAAGAUUUACUCGAUGAAAGUACUGAUUCUGACGAUACAGUGUUAAAUUCUAAUGAAAAUGAUGUGAAUAAUCUGAAUACUAACGUUAAUAUUGGAAAACACAAUAAAGGAGAAUCUGCAACAAAUAUAAGUAAUAGUGAACAGCGUGACGAUGUUAAUGAUCGAAAUACAAAUUGUAAUGUACCAACGAAUACUGAAGUUAGUUUUUUCGAAGAUAUAUUCAAUGAUUCAUUUGACUCAAUUGAAAAUGAUUUCGAACAAAGUGAAUUGAACAUCGAUAAUGUCGAAAAUGAUAAAUUAAAAAAUUUAAACUCAUCGAACAAUGAUCCUUCCAAAAUAGCAAUCACUACCAAUAUACAAGAAAAAACAAAUAAUUUAACAUUAUCAAAAAUGCAAGUUAAGAAAGAAUGUUCAAAGCAUUGCGAGAGUAUGUUUUCGAUAACUCAAGCUGUUAAUGAAAUAAAAAAAAUAAAUUCAAAAGCGAAUGCUCGACCUACACUUGCAGAAAUAAAAGAUACAGGGCAAUAUGUAGCACAAAAGUCCAAAUAUAUAUCAACUAAUGAUACAUCGCAUGUACAAAGUAAUGUACAAAUCAAUGACUAUGAAUCUGAAGAUGAUAUAUUUGCAUCCGAAUUAGACGAAGAUUUAGAAAUUAAUACUGCAGGCAAUGAAUCAUCAAACAAGGAAAAUCCAACAAAUGAAACUUUACCAAGCUCGAAACAAAAUAUUCAUAACAAAUUAAAACGUAUAAGCGAUAAUCAAUUUAAAAUCGAUACUUUUGAAUGGAAUAACGAUUUUAAAAUAUCAUCUAUUUCGGCUGCAAAUUCUAAAUAUUUUAACAAGUCUACUAACGCUAAUUUAACGGUAAAAAACACCAAUACUAUAACAUCGUCUUUAGCAGAUGAUAUGUGGAAUGAUACGGAUAGCGAUGAAUGGAUAUCAUUCGAUCAAAAACCCAAAUCAAAAAAACGUACUAAAAGUAAUUCUGUGAGAUUAUCAAAAAAAUUAUCUACCAUAAAACAUUCUUCUUCUAAUUCCAUUUCUAUGGACGAUCAAAAUGAUUUUGAAAAUGAUUUUAUUAUAAAUACAAAGGAUAUAGAAAAAUUAAAUAACUUGGAAGCUAGUUAUUUCUCUGAAGAGAAAAGUAAAAAUUAUGAUACAUCUAUUCCAAGUAGCAGCAAUUUCAAAGACAAGUCCUUAGAAAAUGUUGCAGCACGAGGAACGGUGUUAAAAAAUUUUAAUUCUUUUAAAGCUCCAGAUAGAUAUUUAAAAAAACAGUAUUCUAACAAAACGAGUCAGAGUACUCAACCGAAGCGUAUCGAAUCUUUAAGGGAUUUCUCGUACAAAACCCAAUCAAUAAAAAGUAAAAGAAAAAUGAAAAAUCAAUGCGAAUAUAUAGAUAACGAAGCACAAGUAUCUUUUGAUAAUAGUUCCGACGAAAGUUCUGGCAAAGACGAAGAUUUAUCAGAUUUCGUUAGUUACACUCAACAAGUACCAGAAGAUGAAGAUAUGCGUGCUUUAUAUCUACAAGCCGUUAAAAGUCCUGUCAAACGACCUGGUGCUUUUGUUUUUAAAGAACCUCGAAUAUCUGAUGAAAUGGUAGAGAUAUAUUCUCAACCUUGUUCACAGCCUAAUGAAUCAUAUCUUGAGGACUCUUUUUGCAUAAAUGGUGAUGAAGAUUAUGUCGAUGAGAGUAAACAUACUCACGGAUAUUCUAUAUUGGAAGAAGCAGAGAGAAUAUUAAAAAACAAAAAAAGAAAACGAAUUAAAUGUAAUAAAUCGGAGAACAGAGGAUGGAAACAUAGAAAGAAACGAAAGAAGAUUGAACUAUUGAAUAGUUCUACGAGUAGCGAAGAUGAAACUGAGAGAUUACGCACAGAGAUUCAAGAUGAAUCAAUGAUGUUGAAAGGUUUACAUCCAUAAAAUUUUGUAUUGCAUUAUACGUAGAGUGUAAGAUUAAAAAUGUUAUUAUAUAUACGAAACUAUGAAAAAUAGAAAUCAAGCAACUUUAUUUCUCAUAAUUACGAACAUUUUUAAUUUUACACUUAAUGUAAUCUUUUUAUUGUUAUUUAUUUAUUUACGAAAAUGUUUAUAGAUAGUGAAGCAUUGUUCUAUAAUAAAAUUCAUACUGAGUGAAAAUAUCGAAUCUCGUUAAAAUAAUAUAUUGUAUAUUACAAAUGCGUGCAACUUUUUCAAUCGAAAAAGAAAAAAUGAUUCUCCCGCUACUGUUACACUGAAUUGUCUAUAUACGAGUAUACUUAUUUCAACAUUUUCAGAUUUUAUAAUUCAGAUAAGCCAUACAUAUAUAAACUCUUUACUUUUAUAACAAAAUCUAGUAAGAUCGUGAUGUGGAAAUAUAAUAACAGUUAACAAAUAUUAAAUUGUUCGUAUAUGGUGAGAGCGAGAAGACGUUAAGUAGAUACUUAAAUACAAAAAUAUGAAAAUAAAAAACAAUUAGAAAUUUGCACGUCUCCGUUAUACAAUAUAAAAUAUUAUUUUAUUAUCUUCGAUACCUCGAUCGUUCUGAUUAUCGCUUGAUGGUAGCGCAAGAGAUAUUUUUAUAUAACAUAUGUCUUCCAAACAAGUAGUAUUAAUCCAUAUAAAAUUUUCUAUUUGUUUUUAAUAAAUAGAUAAAAGAUAAUAUAUGUGGAGAAGAGAAAUCAAUAAAUAAUGACAAGUGACUAAAAUAAAAAAAAUAUUAACAGUCGACAGUAUCGAAGAGAAUAAUAAUCAAUAAGUCGGCUAAGAUUGAUGCACGAACGUAUGUAUAUAUGCAUUUGGUGGCCGUUUAGAUAUAGUUGGUCAUUUUUACGUUUGUAAUGUGCCAUUUAUUUUGGAUAUGAUGUUUUUGUAUCAUUUAUAUACUCCAUUAUCAAAUAUUAUAAUGAUUUUUUCAAAAAAUA